UCGGCCAAUAGGGUAAGUGUGUGGGUGGGGCUUAUGAGAUGUUUCUAUUGUAUCGCCGCCGUCGUCCAUGGAUUGACUUGUUUGUCGAGCAAGAUGGAGUUCCUUUUGGGAAAUCCGUUCAGUACCCCUGUGGGGCAUUGUAUCGAGAGAGCCACCGAUGGCUCCCUGCAGAGUGAAGACUGGACCCUGAACAUGGAAAUAUGCGACAUCAUCAAUGAAACAGAGGAUGGCCCAAAGGAUGCUAUUAGGGCGGUCAAGAAGAGACUCGGCGGCAACAGGAACUAUAGGGAAGUGAUGCUGACUUUAACAGUCCUUGAGACAUGUGUGAAGAACUGCGGUCAUCGUUUUCACGCUCUAGUGACCAGUAAGGACUUUGUUGAUGGCGUGCUUGUUAAAGUCAUCUCUCCUAAAAACAACCCGCCCACCAUCGUUCAGGACAAAGUGCUCGCUCUGAUCCAGGCGUGGGCCGAUGCAUUCAGGAGCAGUCCAGAUCUCACAGGUGUAGUUCAAGUGUAUGAGGAGCUGAAGAGGAAGGGCAUCGAGUUCCCCACAUCAGAACUGGAGACUCUGUCACCUAUACAUACACCUCUGCGGGCAGCAUCAGCUCCAGAGGGCGACUCCACUCUACAUCGGCACAGCACCAAGACUAAACCAGCAGCGCAACCUGUCCCUCCAGCCUACAGCAGCCCUCAGGUCCCCAACUUGCCUUCAUCUGGAGCCGUCAACCCGACCCCUGAACAGAUUAGCCGGCUCCGCAGUGAGUUAGAGGUUGUUCGUGGAAACACUAAAGUGAUGUCAGAGAUGCUGACUGAGAUGGUGCCAGGACAGGAGGAUGCUUCAGACUACGAGCUACUACAGGAGCUGAACAGGACGUGCCGAGCCAUGCAGCAGAGGAUAGUGGAGCUCAUCUCCUGCGUAUCUAAUGAGGCAGUGACUGAGGAGUUGCUGCAUGUAAACGACGACCUCAACAACAUUUUCCUCCGCUAUGAAAGGUAUGAGCGCUUUCGCUCCGGGAGGUCCACAGCUCAGACCGUCAACAACGGGCUGAGGAAGGUCCUCAGCGAAGCCACAGAGGACAACCUGAUUGAUCUCGGUCCAGGCUCCCCUGCGGUGGUCAGCAACAUGCCGAACUCAGCUCCAACCAACUUGCCCCCUACCCUGACAGGAGGACCCUCCUCCCCGGCCACCUUAGCCUCCCGUCUGGCUGGUUUAGAUCUGGGUGCAGACAGUGUGAGCAGCACCCUGAGCGCUCUCAGCAGCUGUAAGCCUCCGCCUCCACAGGACGACUUUGAUACGUUUGCUCAAACCAGGAGUGGAGCUCUGACAGAACCACACAGAACGUAA